GCUGUUUCAAUCUAUCAGAUUAAUUCUUUUACUUAUGUUUGCAUCUAUUUUCAGAAAUGGACCUGAGUUCAUUAUGCAAAAUCCUUCCGUUGCUCCUCUGGAUUUUAGGGAUCUGUGCAGGACCUGCAAAGGCUGAAUUUAUAAAAGAGAACUGCACCAACUACAAGCUCCAGUUUGAAAGAGUGUUCUCUGUUCCCGGGGACGUGGCCAUGCUGAACAGCACCCUGUUGUCUCCAGAUGUCUUUAACUUCACCACCACCCCAUUCAACAUCACCUGGUUCAGCACAAAGAGCGGACAAGAAAUGAGAAAUGUGACCGGUCAAGUUCUGGUUCUCAGGGAAACUCUAUGGUUCCUUAACACAACUAUGGAUGAUGAUGGAGAAUACUUAACUGUACUGAGGACUCCUUCUCAGUGCUUCAUGCAGUCCACUAAACUGGUGGUAAAUAUGCCAGUUGCUGGAGAGUGUGGAAGGCCACAAAAAGUCGAACAAGUGCUCAACAAAGGUGUGGCAGACAUCGUGAAAUGCAAUCUAUGGGACUAUCUGUAUAAACUGGACAAUUACGGCAUCAUCUACUCUGUCACUUGGUAUAAGGGCUGUGACCCCAUACUGGAUGAACCCGGAAAGUACACCUCCCGGGGCAGGAAUAUGCUAAACAUUAACAGAGUGGAAAAUGAAAACAGUGGAACAUAUACCUGUACCCUGAUGUUUACCCUUGAUGGCGUAAACGUAUCUGUAUCAGAAACCCGUGAUGUAACAGUCAAAGAUGACUACUUCCUGUUUCCCCAAGUUCAUGAACCAGCAAAUGAAGCUAUCAAGGCAGUGAAAGGGUUGAACUUCAACCAGAGGUGUUUAGUAUUUAUACCAGGAGUUGGAAUACCAUUCGUUGAUGUCUAUUGGGUUGUCAACAAUACACCCUUUUCCUACAAGUCAUCUGAACGAAUCUACAUGUCGGAGACGCGUUUGUGGACUCAAGAUGAACCAGAGGGUGUGUGGUUAGAAAGUCUGCUACUGUUCUCUGAAGUGAGGGAGGAGGAUUUCUACCUCAAUUAUACCUGUCGAGCCCAAAGUUCCCGAGGCUCUCCUGAAGGAUACUUCACUUUGUUACCAACAGAACCGAACAUCAUACUUCCUAUUGGAUUAGUUGCUGGUGGGGUGACUGUUCUCUUUAUCAUCACGGUCACUAUCUACUACAUCUUCAAAAAAGACCUUGUGCUCUUGGCCAGAAGGACGUUUUCAUCCCUCUAUACAAAUCAAGGUUUAGAUGGUAAGCUGUAUGAUGCCUAUGUGAUUGGCCCCAAUCUCGGUGUCUCUGGAUUCAAUGAAGAAGGGGAGAAGUUCGCCCUGCAAACAUUGCCUGAAGUCUUGGAACAGGCCUGCGGCUACAAACUCUUCAUAGCAGGCCGUGACUGCCUGCCGGGGCAGGCCAUCAUGGACUCUGUGAACGAGAACCUUCAGGCCAGUCGCAGAGUUCUCCUGCUAUACACUGCCACCACUUUCAUGGGCAAAGGAAACACAAACAGCAGCAGUAAUAUUAUUACAAAGAUCAGUGAGGGAGGCGAUGAAAUCGAAAGCAUGAACAAUGAGAGCAGCUGCACUGUUGAUGUUGAUGAUGGCGAUAAAGACUUUUUGGACACGAGGCAGCAGCUGGAAUGUGUGGCAGCCAUGUACAAGGCACUUCUAGAGGGAUCCAUAAAGGUGGUUCUGGUGGAGUUGGAGGAAAUCACCCCGGAUCAGUUGGCCCUCUUCCCAGAGUCAGUGCGCCAUCUGAGAAAGAAGCAGGGUGCUGUGUGCUGGUGGAAGGCUCUGCAAACAAGGCAAAGAUGGAGGAUGUGUUCAAAUUUGAGAAAGGAUGAGGAAAGUGGUGAAAAGGUCUCAAAAGUCUCACCAUCCCUCUCUCCUUCCUCCAGAUUUUGGAAAGAAAUUAGGUACCAUAUGCCAGUUAGAGGCAAAGGGGCUUUUUUCAAAGAGAAAUCUGCCUUGUUGAACUUAGACAGGUAGAUGUGAAAGAUCGAGUGAAAUGUUUAAAGAGCUAAAGACUUAGAAAACAGUUACAAUGAUAACAUAAAUACAUUUACAACUA